UCAUUACAUUGCCACGGAUCGAGGCAGCUAUCGAAAUGUUUAAACACGGUGACAGAAGAAAGCCUACGUUCACAUAGCAUUUCACAAAACAUUUCAAUGCUGUCAUGGCACUAAAACUGCAGGUGGCGAACACGGCGGAUGAGAAAAGCGCUUUCUUUAUCGGCGCUGAGGAGGAGGAGGAGGGCCACCAUGAACUUAUACUACAGAAAGGCAACGCUUUGGCUACUGAGGACUGCCUCAAGGAGGCCAUCGACUGGUUUUCAGCGGCAAUGCGCUACGGACCUGUGCGUCCUGAGCAGUUAAGCACUUUUGUGGACGGUAUUCUCCGCAACUUCAAGAAGAAACCCCCCGGGCCGCAGUACUCAGCGGGCCGGAGUCCGGAGGCAGCAGAGGAAUCCGAGGACUUGGCGGUGUUCAACUGCCCCAACUGCCAUGGCUUUUUAGGCGAGCCGGUGACCGUAGCUUGUGGACAUUCAUAUUGUAAAAGAUGUUUACAGCGGUGCCUCCUAUCCAAGUGUAGGCUGUGCAACGAGCCUGUUGGGGACGAAGAGAAAGCCAACGUAGCUCUGUGCGGACUUUUAGAAAAAUGGUUCCCCGACGAGCUGAAAAAGUUCAAAACAUUACAAGAAGUGGAGGCGUCCUGUAAAAGAAAACGCUACAACGAAGUUGUGUCGCUAGCGAGCGAUAUUCUCCGCUCAGAUCCUACCGUGACCUUGGCUCGUCUCUCUCGAGCAGAAGCGUACACGGCUCUCAAACAGUACCAACUGGCUUUGGAGGACACAGAGUUCUGUUCCAGGUCCAGCUAUUCUGCUGAAGCUCUGUUCAGGAAAGCUAUGGUGCUGCUUGAAAUGGGUCAAGUAGACGAGUCUCUCCAAGUCUUCCUCCACUGCUUGACUAUCGACGAGGACUUCCCAGGUGCUAAAAGAAAAGUGGAAAAGAUCUUGUGUGACCUCCUCUCCCCGGCUGAUGAGAAUGUUAAGGUGGGCCUGAGAGAAACGACACAGAACACGUUGCCCCACCUGCGCAGCAAACAUCUUGUGACUGAAGCUCAGACUCAGAGCCCCAGUCAGAGGCAGCAGCAGCAACACCAGGUCCGUGCCGCCUCUGCACACCAAGUGGACGGCCAGGAGAAACGAUGCGAUAGCCUGGAGCGGCCCGGCCUGAGCCGAGCGCAGUCGCUUCGAAUGCACAGCUCUAGCAGCAGUGAAGAGGGGCUGAAGAGGGUGAGCUCAGCUCCUCAGCUGGGUGACCAGGACAAGGGAAGUCUGCUGAAGAGGAAGCUGUCCGUGUCAGACAUCGAAUCAUAUGUGGUGGACAGUGGGAGCAGCAAAUAUAAGAAACAAGGUGUAUCAAAAGGCUCCAAGCUUAAUUCAGCCAAACCAAAAACAUGCAGAAGUGUUCCUAAAGAUCUGCUGGACGCCAAUGACCUGGAGUGCUCCCUCUGCAUGAGAUUGUUUUAUGAACCUGUGACAACACCAUGCGGCCACACUUUCUGUAAAAACUGCUUGGAGCGCUGCUUGGACCACACUCCCCAGUGUCCCCUCUGCAAAGAGAGUCUCAGAGAGUAUCUAGCAUGCAGGAAGUACAUAGUGACGAAUGUCUUGGACGUCCUGAUCAAACUGCUUUUCAGUCAAGAGUAUGAGGACAGGACGAAAACACACCUGGAGGAGAACAGAGAGUUGUCCGACUUGACGAAGAAUGUGCCUAUCUUUGUCUGUACUAUGGCUUACCCCACUGUGCCUUGUCCCCUCCAUGUCUUUGAGCCACGUUAUCGCCUCAUGAUCCGCCGCUGCAUGGACACAGGCACGCGGCAGUUUGGGAUGUGCAUUAGUGAUGCUCAGAAAGGGUUUGCAGACUAUGGCUGCAUGCUGAUCGUCAGGAGCGUCCACUUCCUCCCUGACGGUCGCUCCGUGGUCGAUACCAUCGGAGGAAAACGCUUCCGGGUUUUGUCCAGAGCAAUGAAGGAUGGUUACAAUACUGCAGACAUUGAGCACCUGGAGGACACCAGGGUGGAGGACAGAGAGGAACUAGAAAAGCUACAAGAACUUCAUGAUGCAGUUUAUCAACAGGCCCAGGUCUGGUUCCAAAAUCUCAAAAUCCGCUUCCACAACCAGAUUCUGCAGCACUUUGGACCAAUGCCAGAGCAAGAACCAGAUAUCCAGGCAACUCCAAACGGUCCUGCUUGGUGCUGGUGGCUGCUGGCCGUUCUGCCCAUCGACCCUCGGUACCAGCUGUCUGUCCUGUCCAUGACCAGCCUCAAAGACCGCCUGGUGAAGAUCCAGCACAUCCUCACAUAUCUGCAGAGCAUCCCCAACAACUAAGAGCUUCCCCCUCGACAAGCGUCCUCUGGGACUUUAAAUGUAACAUUGAGGAAACCAUCAGUCAGCAUCCCAACAAACUACAGUCUCUACUAUCAGUGGCUUCAGUGUCGUUUUUUUUUACAGUUUCAGUUUACUGUUCUGUACUCAAAUCACACACAGGAUUCAGUGAGAAAGUCUCAAAGGCGUGGAUCAAUAAAACAGACACGGGGCCUAACCACCUCAGGGAUGCACUUUUUGCUAUGAAAUAAGGAAAAAAAAAAAAAAAAA